AUGAGAGUGUGGCAAGACAGCGGCUCAUAGUGACAGCAGGGGCAGAGGGAGCGAGUGAGCUGGGGAAGAGAAAACUGACAGUGGGGGGAAAAUGCAGGAAAGACACUGAAGCUGAGCUGGUGGAGGAGAAAAAGGAAAAUACAAACAAGGCUCGAUAGAAUCAUUAGGAAGCAACAGUAAGGAAGCAGAGAGAAAGUGUGGAAAUUGAGAGAUUUGUCUAAAUGUGCUUGUAAUGUGUGACUGGCAGUGCGUGGAGUGUGUUUGCGUGCACGGGUCUAAUUUUGCUACCAGUACUGCCUGGAAAACGUGCUUGGUGGAUUAUGUGAGAUCAAGAAGAGGACGAUUGUGUGUGUGUGUGUGUGUGUCAGAGAGUGUCUGUUUAUUGGUGAACAAAAGGGCUAGGUGCAGCUUGUUCGUGUGUGUGCAUGUUUAGAUAUCGUGCAGCUUGAGAGUUGCUUGAGGAAAGGAAAAAGAUAGUUCAGAGAGUUGAAGCACUUGAGGAUGCCAGGGCAUUCAGGGACAAGCACAGCUCCCAGAUAUUGCACUCUCAAUGUAACUGCUGUCUGAGUACUUCAGACCCAACGAGGGAAGGCAAACCAAUAAACAGAGUUUGUUGAAGGCAGACAAGGCGAAACCAUGCGAGCACGUGUCUUCUUGAGCCAUCAACGGAACUAUUUGUAGGACCAAAGCAUCUCUGUUGCUGCUGACUACCUCAAAGGGUAAAGCUACGAAGACUGUAGAGUUUCUUUGGAGGUCUACAUGAAGGAUCGGUGAGGGUCCAUUGUAGUAUCCAGUGAAACCCUUGAUGUCUUCAGAACCCAGCCAUGGGAGAGUGGACCAUUUUAGAGCGCCUCCUGGAGGCCGCUGUGCAGCAGCACUCUACAAUGAUUGGAAGGAUUCUACUGACGGUUGUGGUGAUAUUCCGUAUCCUGAUUGUGGCCAUCGUAGGUGAAACAGUGUAUGAGGAUGAGCAGACCAUGUUUAUCUGCAACACUCUCCAACCUGGGUGCAAUCAGGCCUGCUACGACAAGGCCUUCCCCAUCUCCCACAUCCGAUACUGGGUCUUCCAGAUCAUCCUCGUUUGCACACCCAGCCUGUGCUUCAUCACCUAUUCAGUACACCAGUCAGACAAACAGCGUGACCGUCGCUACUCCUUCCUCUACCCAAUUAUGGAGAAGGACUACAGUCGUGAGGGUACCCGAAAAUUACGCAACAUUAAUGGCAUUCUUGUGCAGCAUUCUGACAGUGGUGGCGGAAAAGACGAACCUGACUGCUUAGACGUAAAGGAGAUCCCAAAUGCUCCGAGAGGCCUCCUGCAUAGCAAGAGCUCCAAGGUACGACGACAAGAGGGCAUCUCUCGCUUUUACAUAAUCCAGGUCGUGUUCCGCAAUGCACUGGAGAUAGGCUUCUUGGUGGGGCAGUAUUUUCUAUAUGGCUUUAGUGUCCCUGGCAUCUUUGAGUGUGACCGCUACCCCUGCCUGAAGGAGGUGGAGUGCUAUGUAUCACGGCCCACUGAGAAGACGGUCUUCCUAGUCUUCAUGUGUGCAGUGAGUGGUAUCUGUGUCGUGCUCAACCUUGCCGAGCUCAACCACCUCGGCUGGAGGAAAAUCAAGGCUGCCAUUCGAGGCGUGCAAGCCCGCAGGAAAUCCAUCUGUGAGAUCCGCAAAAAGGACAUGGCCCACCUGUCACAACCGCCAAACCUGGGCAGGACCCAGUCCAGUGAGUCUGCUUAUGUCUGAUCUCCAUUCACCUAAAUAUGGCAUCACAAGGAGUGGAGCAGAGAGUGGAAUGUUAAAAUAACAAGGCGCUUAUGGUACUUGUGCACAUGUUUAUAAUGUCAAAGUGGGAGGGGCUCCACAUAGCCACACCUCUUUCCCACAAGCCACUCCCUCCCUCUUUAUGGCAUAUGACAAUGUUUGAGGAAGUUUGCACAAUGUUAGGCUUCUAGAAGAUAAGGCAUAGAAGAGGGAUUUUUGGAAAGUCUCGAACACAAAGAUCAGUGGAAGGGUGAAGAGUGUAAGGUACGAUAUGAUGAGGUGAUGGACUUCUAAUAUAGAAUAGUAUGGAGAUAAAAGUAUCUGGGUCUGUUUUCCCACUUUUCUCAAUCUCACAUCUUGAGGAAAAACGAGGAAGGAUAAGAUAGCAGGAGAACGUAGCAUGACAAUAACCUCCCACUUUCCUGAACCGUUGUCACUGAGAUGGUGCCAGAAAAAGAAACUGUUUAGGUUUGCUCUCCUGGCAGUGAAUCGGCCUAAAACAAACAACGGGUGGGAUAUAAACAUUGUUACAAGCAGUGGCACCUUCACUUUGACAUUUGAUUGAACAAACAUCAGCAUCUUUUUUGUAAUCUCUCUGGUUGUCCUACAAGUCUAGGGGAUGAUUAUUACCUCUGCUCAAAGUGUGCCCUUCCAUGAAGACACCCACUGUUAUGUGUUCCAGUCAAGUAUUCAUCCCUCUUGUGGUGCAUGAAUGUGUGUUUAUAAGUAUGUAUGUAUGUGACCAACGUUGAAAGAAUUUACAGAUUGCAGAUAAUUUUUUGUUCUUUUUAAGAUUUUACUUUUGUUCUCUGCAAAGGUUGGUGCCAUCGACUUAAAUGACUGUUUAUUUCAGAAUAUUAUUUAAAACAUAGUUAAAAGAUUAUUGCAAAGUUAGAUUAUUUAUAUUUAUUGGGAAAGGAAGCCAACCCUGCUGAAAAGAAUUCCCAUGCUGGUCCAGCGCUGGUUUAUGCUGAUUAUUGCUGGUUUAACUGGUGGAGAAGAAUAGCCAAAAAAAAAAUAAAAAAUCAAACCUAAGGAACCAGCAUGGUCUUUCUGGUGAACGUGAUUGACAAAGAAAAUCUUGUUUGUUAUGAUAGAUGCUUGAUGGGGACGUAAAAAGAAUUGAAGAAAUGUUUUCAUGCAUCCAGAUGUUUCUGUCAGGACAACUAUCGUCAAAGAUGAUUGACAAUUAGCAUACAG